AUGUGGAAUGGUACUACAAACGCCAAAGUCCGACCUGAACCUUUUCGCUCACCCUCGACAACCAAGGGUGUGAACAGCAGGAGUGUGGAUCCGUGUGGUACGUUUGGAGGGGAAAGUGGUCGGUAUUACGUUAUCGACAGUCCGGGCGAAACGAUGAUGGUCCUCUUCACUCGCCAUUUUCUCAUCGAAAUCAAUUGGAUAUUCAUACCAAUAAAUCUAGAACUGGAAAAUUUUGUGAUCUACACCACCGAAUCUGAAUCGGUUGUUGAUCAGCUCGGCCACGACAACUCGGCGGUCGGGGCGCUCCGACUUAAACUGUAG